GCGGCGUCUAUGGGGAAGGCGGCCGCGCUGUGCGGCGGCAGCACCCGCGGGCUGGUCUCCCUGCUCAGCGCCGUCCCCUGCUUGGGCUGCCAGGAGGCGCCGGGCGCCGGGCCGCCGGCCAUGAACGCGGAGCCGGCGGGCCGGGGCGGCGCGGGGCCGGUGGGGGCGCCGCCCGCCGCCCCGGGCUCCGACACCUACAAGGGCUGGCUCUUCAAGUGGACCAACUACCUGAAGGGCUACCAGCGCCGCUGGUUCGUGCUCAGCAACGGGCUCCUCAGCUACUACAGGACACAGGCUGAAAUGGCCCACACAUGUCGCGGAACCAUCAACCUGUCAACGGCUCAUAUCGAUACGGAGGACUCUUGUAACAUUGUGCUUUCCAAUGGGGGAAGGACAUACCACUUAAAGGCAAACUCGGAAGUGGAGAGGCAACGAUGGGUCACAGCCCUGGAGCUGGCCAAAGCCAAAGCUAUCCGCAUGAGGAACAACCAGUCAGAUGACUCGGGUGACGAGGAGCCAGCCUCUCAGUCCGACAAGAGCGAGCUGCAUGGCACGCUGAAAACCCUCUCGAGCAAGCUGGAGGACCUGAGCACUUGCAAUGACCUUAUAGCGAAGCAUGGGGCGGCUCUGCAGCGCUCGCUGAGCGAGCUGGAGAACCUGAAGCUGCCCGCCGAGAGCGGCGAGAAGAUCAAGGCAGUGAACGAGCGAGCCACGCUCUUCCGGAUCACCUCCAAUGCUAUGAUCAACGCUUGCCGUGAUUUCCUGGACUUAGCUGAAACUCACAGUCGAAAAUGGCAGCGGGCACUCCAGUAUGAGCGAGAGCAGAGGAUCCGCCUGGAAGAGACUAUUGAGCAGCUAGCCAAACAGCACAACAGCUUGGAGCGAGCCUGCCGAGGAGCCCCCGGCCUGUCUUCCGGCAGCGUGUGCGUCGCCAACACUGCCAAAGGGAGUGUGCAGUCCACAAAAGGAGAAGCCAGUGAUGAAGAUGAGGAGACAGAAUAUUUUGACGCCAUGGAGGAUGCACCAGCUUUUAUCACUGUAACUGCAGACCCUAAGCACCACAGGCGUUCUGGCAGUAACCUGAGCGGGGCCAGCGAGGGUCACCCUGAAGACUGGAACCUGGAGGACAGUGUGUUUGACAGCUCCAAUCAAACCAGCUACAAUGAAUCCACUUGCAAAGAUCUCCUACCGAAGAAGAGGAGAAGGACUCGCAUCCCUGACAAACCCAACUAUAGCCUUAACCUCUGGAGCAUCAUGAAAAACUGCAUUGGCAAAGAACUGUCGAAGAUCCCCAUGCCUGUAAACUUCAAUGAGCCCCUCUCCAUGCUGCAGCGGCUCACGGAGGACUUGGAGUACCACGAGCUACUGGACAAAGCUGUCAAGUGCGAGAGCUCCACGGAGCAGAUGUGCUUCGUUGCUGCGUUUUCAGUGUCUUCCUACUCGACGACUGUCCACCGCACAGCAAAGCCAUUUAACCCGCUGCUGGGGGAAACCUAUGAGCUUGACCGGCUGGAUGAAUUUGGCUUUCGGUCCCUGUGUGAGCAGGUGAGCCAUCAUCCCCCAGCAGCUGCCCAUCAUGUGUAUUCCAAGCGAGGGUGGACUCUGUGGCAAGAAAUCACGAUUGCCAGCAAAUUCAGGGGCAAAUACCUCUCUAUUAUGCCACUGGGUGCCAUCCACCUCGAGUUCCACUCCAGUGGUAAUCACUAUGUCUGGAGGAAGGUCACCUCUACUGUUCACAACAUCAUUGUAGGCAAGCUCUGGAUUGACCAGUCUGGUGAAAUAGAGAUUGUUAACCAUAAGUCAAAAGAUAAAUGCCAGCUGAAAUUUACCCCCUACAGCUACUUCUCCAGAGAUGUCCCCCGAAAGGUGACAGGGGUGGUGACUGAUGCUGAUGGUAAGGCCCACUACGUCAUGUCUGGCACAUGGGAUGAGAAGAUGGAGUGCUCCAAGAUAGUGCAGAGCAGCCAUGGCAGCACCAGCUCAGAAGGCAAACAGAAAACUGUCUACCAGACCCUCUCUCCAAAGGUCCUGUGGAAGAAAUACCCCCUUCCGGAGAAUGCCGAGAACAUGUAUUUCUUCUCUGACCUGGCCCUCACCCUGAAUGAACCCGAGGAGAGAGUGGCCCCCACAGACAGCCGGCUGAGACCUGACCAGCGGCUCAUGGAAAGUGGCCGGUGGGAUGAGGCCAACGUGGAGAAACAGCGACUUGAAGAGAAGCAGAGAGCCGUGCGCCGAAGGCGGGAGGCCGAGGCUGUGGAAGCCCUGGAGGAAGGCAAGGACUAUGAAGGCUACAUCCCACUGUGGUUUGAGCGGAAAGUGGAUCCCAUGACAGGGGAGCUGAUCUGUGUUUAUAAAGGUGGAUAUUGGGAGGCCAAGGACAAGCAGGACUGGAGCAUGUGCCCUGACAUCUUCUGAGCUGCUGUGCUCACUUUGGGGUGGCCAGCCCCAGGCCUCUCUUUUCACCAGGAUAGACAGAGGGACAGUGAGGACACUCUGGCAGCAUCCUGCUGUCAGGUAACAGUGCAAAGAAACACAUACACAGACUAAAUACAUGCAGAAAUUUAAAGAGCAAAUCUAAACAGGGAUUCCAAACCUAUUUUUUUACACACUAAUAAAUAGCAUUUUUUUUUUAAUGGUGGCUUUUUCAGCUACUAAUUAGGAAUGAAGACACAUUGAAUCUGGUUGUUUUUUAGCCUGACAUAUUUAUUGCUAUCAGGAGUUGCUGCCUAUAUCUUUCAGCGCCUCAGCUUUAUUGGUUGAGACGUUGACUUCCAAAGAUGCUCGCAUUGUGGGGAUGCCGUAUGUUUGUGUGAGCUCUUCUUUUGACAUUUUUUUCCCCAUUUGUUUGUGGACUUUAUGGAUUUUUUUUUUUUUUUUAAAUCUACUCCUGGUUCAGGUUCCUUUAAAGACACAAACAACUCUUUGAGCCCUGCUCAGAAAACUGCCUCCAGGGACUGUAGCUGAGGCACUUGAUCUCGGAUUCUCUUGGUGGCUCCCGCAGUGCCCUGUGAUCCCAGCAAUACCAAUCAGGACAUUUCAGCUGGUGACCUUUCUUUUUUUUUCUUUCUUUUUUUUUUUUUUUUUUCCGAAGAAGCACAUUGAACAGUUUCCCAUGAGUCUGCAGUCUUUAGUCAAGGUUUGGGGCUGUCUUUAACAUGAUACUUUGUGAGAGUGAUUGGGGUUAUCAUAGAAUCAUAGAAUUAGUAAGGUUGGAAGGGACCUCUGGAGAUCAUCUAGUCCAACCUCCCCUGCUCAGCAGCGUCACCUAGAGCAUGUUAGACAGGGUUGCAUCCAGGCGGGCCUUGAAUAUCUCCAGAGAAGGAGACUCCACAACCUCUCCGGGCAACCUCUUCCAGUGCUCUGUCACUCUCACAGGGAAGAAAUUGCACCUCACAUUCAGGCAGAACUUCCUGUGGUUCAAUUUCUGCCCGUUGCCCCUUGUCCUGUCACAUGGGACAACUGAAAAGAGUUUGUCCCCAUCCCCUUGACACCCUCCCUUCAGGGACUUGUAGACAUUGAUAAGAUCCCCCCUCAGACUUCUCUUCUCCAGGCUAAACAGGCCCAGCUCUCAUAGCCGUUCCUCAUAUGGCAGAUGCUCCAGCCCUCUGAUUGUCUUUGUAGCCCUAUGCUGGACUCUCUCCAGCAGCUCCAUGUCUCUCUUGUCCUGGGGAGCCCACAACAGACACAGUAGUCAAGAUGAGGCCUCCCAAGGGCUGAGUAGAGGGGCAGGAUCACCUCCCUCGACCUGCUGGCAACACUCCUAAUGCACCCCAGGAGACCAUUGGAUUUCUUGGCUGCAAGGGCACAUUGCUGGCUUAUGGUCAACUUGUCAUCCACCUCCAGGUCCUUCUCUGUUAUGUUUGGUUUGUUUUUCCUGCAACUGCAUCCCAGGGGCAAACAGCUUGUCACUGAGGUCAGGAAAGUGAGCUGUCUACCCAGGAGAUACCAAGCUUAUGUUGGUGGGGUCAGACGAAGUGUUUGAGCACAAAGUGAAGGGCAGUUUGUAGACGAGCAUAUGCUCUAUGACACUGGAGCCAGCAGGCAUCAGAUCUCUCCCGUCCAUAUCUCUGUGGUGGGACCCAGUGCUCCUAGGAAUCUGAAGUUUUGUGCAAGGGCUUUCCAGACAGUUUCCCUGUUCAGCUAUGCCUGACCCCAGGCAGGAGGAAAAGCCUGAAGGAGAGGUGAGAGGGUCAGGGAAAAGGUGGCAUGGUGCCGCUUGCUUGGAUGGAGGGGUUUCCUGCAGAGCUAGUGCAGGGUGGGGACCAGCCUGUGGGAAGGGGCAGCUUCCCUGCUAGCUGGUUCCUGCACAUGCUGCUGGCACAGGUGCAGUUGUUGGUGGCUCUGUGGCAGGAGGCCUUUGUCCUGGAUCCAUAUUCACAUCCCAGUGGCUUCUCCAGUAAGAAAGACAGUCUCCAAAUGUGCCAGGUCAAAGCUCCGGGGCCUAGGUGAAUUCCUGGAAGGCUUCUGCUGCCUAGUGCCAGGAAAGCCAGGCUGUGGACUUCCUACAAGUGUAUUAGUUCUCUUCCCUGAAGUAACAUCUCUCCCAGGAGGAGUUUCAGGUCGUAACUAAAAUCUCUCUCCUGAAUGCAGCAGGCAUAGGCUUUGCUUCCUCCCUGGAGCAAUGGGAGAGCCCCACAGCAAAGCCUGUGCCUCUGCAGUUUGCAUUUUCAUGAGGAAUCUUCUUAACACCUCAGAGCCCUAGGGCAGUCUGUGGAGGAAAUGCCAGGCUGAACUCGACUCUGUAUCCAUCUGGAAGAAACACAGACUGUCCAGGAGCCCCUGUCCCGCCUCUGUCCUUGCCUUCCCAUGAGUGCUAAUUGGGAUCAGCUUGAGAACAUGGAUGAGGUAGCCCCACAUUUGCCAUUCAACCCACGUGUGUGCUUUUACCUCACUGUGGCACUGGAUGCCCUGGGAAGAGCUGAACAAGCCCUGCAAGUGGUCGGUGAGGACCAGAAGUGAGUGAUGCUUGGACAUAUGACAUUCAUGCAGCUAUAGCUGGUCCCUGAAUGCAGAAAUGAGAGGCAGGUAGCAGGACCCAUAAGGUAACAGGCCCAGCAAGUCCUGCUCGGUCAGAGAGAAUCAAGGAGACCUGCACACUUGUGUUUGCCUCACUGGAUUUGAUUUUUGAUGUCUUCUUCUCUGGGUCUACAUCAUAUCAUACUGAUUGCUCCCUCCCAUGAGUCAGAGGUCACUUGAAGCUGAACUGUCAUAUCCACAUUGGAAGAUAAUUAAGCAAUAAUAAACUUAGAGGCAAUGGUAACUGGAAAACCAAGGCUGCACAUGGGACACUUAUGCAAUCAGGUUCCUAAACCAUCAGUCUCCUUCUGGUCAUCUGCUCUUACAGCACCUCCAUACCUGUUAUUUACAGCAUACCUAUGUGUAUAGUAUAUAUAGACCUUGUAUGAUGUAACAGUAGUGAGUGGCUAUUGGAGUGGCAACACACACUGAUUUCAAUGUACCCUUUAAUCUUAUUUAUUUGCUUCUAAUUUAUAUAUAUAAAUAGAUAUAAAUAUAUAUAAAAUUAUUUUGCUUAAAUUUAUAUGGUACAUAAUAGAUGAAAAAUAAUGAAGACAGAAGCAACUGUCUGAGUUUUUGUAGUAUGAGUACGAUAUUUUUCCUUAGACUCAUCCCGGAGGUAGGGAUGUAGGGAUAAUGGUGAUUAAGUAGGGAUGUAACAUUUUGCUCCAAAGCAGUCAUACUCAAAAGAUCUCAUGAGAAAGAUCAUUCCCAUCUAGAAACAGUGCAUUUGGGAUUUGAAGGAGAGCUCUCAGUAUGCCGCAGAUUCAGGAGUUUGACCCUCAAAGCUGGGUCUCUGAAAUGCUGAGCUGGGUAUUACAGGCAUGUGGGCCUGAUAUAGUCACCGUUUCCAGGGCUCCCCUCCUGAUGGUUUGUCUAUGGCUCAGUAAAGCCAUUGAAACUCUUAAAUUUUCCAGAUUGCUGCAUUAAUGGUAUUCAGCCUGUUGAGAGAGCUGUGGCAUGUCCCGUCACGAGGGCAUUUUAGAUCUUCUCCUUUGGAGCCACCCAUUCACGUAACUGGGACAAUGGCAGAUGCUUUGCGCUAAAGCUUCCUUUAUGCUACUCCUAGUUUGGUUUUAUAACGAUAAGAAAAGUGAUACUUAGGAUUCUCCACGCCAGGCCUGAUUCAGUUUUAUAAAAUGGAGUAGGAAUCUAGCUUUUCAAAAUGCCUUAUUUUUCUUGUUUAUUUUGUUAACACAAGCAUUAGCCAAGAGCUUGGAAAGGUGGGAAAUUCCUGCACUAGCUGUCCCUCAAGACAGGACAUGUGUUCUUGCAGUUAAAGAAAGUGCAGAUUGAAAUGUUGCUCAUUAAGUGUGGCACCUCAGUGCCCAGUUCUGCUAGACUCUGAGACAGUGAGAAGUCCUUUCUGAUUUACGUCCAGUAAAUACAUCUGUCUAGAAGUUGUCAUCACAGACACUGCACAGCUUAGCAAAGCCCAGGGGAGUGCUAGGAACACCCCCAAAAAAGAAAUCCCACAUUUUUUAAAUUAAUUUUUUAAAAUCUGUUGUAUCUUCCAGAGGUCAUCUAGUGACAACACUUAAUCUGAGCACCAUCUCCUCGUCUUUCUAUUUUCCCUCCAGAGGAUUUUAAUGUCAUUCUACUGUAAAUGCUGUUGAAUGUAUUUCUUUUGAACAAUAUAUCGUGAGUGAUCCCUCUUCUCCGACACAGUAAUAAAACUUGGAUUUGGGAGUUUUAAAA